CACAGGCAGCACCGCCCCUUAAAGCGAAAAAAAGCAAAGCAGUGGAGCUUUAUCUACAUCAACAACGAGGUUGUAAAAAAGAAAGUGAAGUUCACGCUGCGUGCUGUUUUCUUGGAUCUUGGAGCCUUGAUUUAAGAUACAUCCGUCACUGAGGAAAUAGCUUAAGCAAAACCGCUCUUGAUAAUCCUUCAGGACUGUGGCAAACAAGCGAAACAAUUUGGGAAGGCGUGUGUUGUGUUUGAGUCGACCGGAAGAUGUUCGGCUUCCACAAGCCUAAGAUGUAUCGGAGUCUGGAUGGCUGUUGCAUCUGCCGGGCCAAGUCGUCGAGUUCGCGUUUCACUGACAGCAAACGCUAUGAGAAAGACUUCCAGAGCUGCUUUGGGUUAAAUGAAGCCCGUUCAGGUGAAAUCUGCAAUGCCUGUGUGCUGUUGGUGAAACGGUGGAAGAAACUCCCUGUUGGUUCCAAGAAGAACUGGAAUCAUGUGGUUGACGUUCGAGCAGGACCAAGUUUGAAGACAGCAUUGAAGCCCAAAAAGGCAAAGUCUCUCACCGGGAGCAGAAUCAAAGCCAGUCAAAUAGGCAAGAUUCAAAAAGAGCUCAAACGGCAGAACUCUGAUGCGCACAGUACAACGUCCAGUAUGUCUCCUGCACAAUCGCCCUGCUACAGCAAUCACUCAGACGAGGGCUCUGAUGCAGAGAUGGCUUCCGGGUCAAAUAGGGUGCCCGUCUUCUCCUUCCUAGACCUCACUUACUGGAAAAGGCAGAAGGUGUGCUGCGGAAUCAUCUACAAGGGUCGGUUUGGGGAGGUGUUAAUCGACCCUCAGCUCUUCAAGCCCUGCUGUGCUAAUAAAAAGCGAGUGGUCCAAGCCCCAGAGCAACAGGUGGCUCAGUCUCCAUCCACCCCCAAGGAUGACGAAUGGUGAACUGGCUCAUUCAGAGAGAGAGAGAGAGAGAGAGAGAGAGAGGUAGACUGAGUGGGGCAAAAUACAUUGAAAAGAAUGUGUUGCCUGAGGAAUGAACUGAACAGAGGGGGGGAAGAAACAUGUCCAAAAGGCGCAAACUGCGAUUACUUUGCAAAUGAACUGACCUUCUCAAAAGACUGACUAUUUGCAUUUUUAUUGUUCCCCAGGGUCAGUUGGUUUGACUUGUAAAUAAGAACAGACUGUAAAUGUUGUAAUAUUUCAUGAGCUGCACGCAUAUUAAGUGGAGUGGAGCGCAGCAGUAAAGCGCUUUUAUUUAGGGUUUAUCUCAUGCGGUUAUCGGUGGACUUCUCUUUGCCCAUGCAGUGAGUAAAAUUGGGAAGAGUUUAGUGAGGGUUGUAAUAUAAGAUGUGACUAGCUCCUUUGUGUUUAGGCCGAACUGGCUGUGUUGACUGUCUGUCUGUCUGUCUGUGAGCUGGCUGGCCUCCCCUUUUGUGUUCUGUCCCACUGUGAGCUAUGCCCACUGAGAUACACUGGCAAAGCAAGGACCCAGGACAUGUUCCAUUAUAUCCCUGUUGAGUUGUGGCCGUGAACUGUUAGCUUCCAAUUAUCCCUUAGGGCAGAACAGGAAAGAAUGGGGUCAGAGGAUGAUGCGUGGUCCUAGUUAUAACAUUCCCCAGCCCUUUUCCAGUCCACAGAGCUUGCCUACCCCUUGUGAGUGAAGCUGGGUAGUUUAAUGGGGUAUGGAGAAGUCAAUGGGGCUCAGUUAUCAGAGUAGCGAACAUUGUACGAACAGAUGAGCAACGUUUUGAAUAAUUAGUCUAGCACUUUCUCAAGUGAUAGAAUGCAGCAAAGCAGAACCAGAAAAAAAGACUUGUGGUUUGUUCAGAGUAUGUAGAGUGGCCAACCCAUGUCAACUAUAGAGGAUGGACCGUCUCUUGUUGCCCGUUUUGGUGUAUGCCAUUAAGAAGGUUUCACCUUGCUGCAGUCUGGCAGGCAGAUCACCCAGCGAUUUCAAAGGUUCGUGGGUUAGACCCACUGUCCCACAACAUUGCCACCCCCUUCCUCUCGGUAUUGGAAAGUGAAUCCUUGGCCGCAGUGGCAAAUCUGGGAAGGGGUGGAGUGAUGCAAAUAUGCCUCAGUCUUUCCUUGCCUGCUUUUGAAACAGGUCUUGUUUGCUCUGCUUUAUCUGUUGAGCGCUGAGACAGCUUCCAAAAAUGCAAAAGCAGUAAAAUAUCUAUUGCCGUCAUAUUAAGUCUUCCACUUUGCUUUAAAGGUGAGCAUUGAUCAUUUGUUACAAUUGGCUAUUGUUCUAGUGUAGUCGGCAAAUGUUUUAUCUCCACUUCCCUUCUCUCACUGCAUUUUGGCUUUGUCUGAAGGGGCAGUGCCAUUGUAACCAGUCCUAUCAUCACUUGGUUAAUCCUCUUGUGUGGGAGCAGGCAGGGCAGUGAGUACAGGAGUAGCUUGGUCCUCUGCAGUACACAACCAGCCACCCAGCAGGUUGGCUUUGGAUCGCAAUUGUGGGAGGAUCAUUCUUUUCUUUAUAAAUGGACCAUGGGCUCAACCUUGGCGGAAGGACCACUGAAGUUAGAGCUAGCAAGCAGGAGAAGACCUCACCUGAAAGACAUUCCAAUUCUCCCCCCUCACCAACAUCACUCCAAGGCCAGCUGCAGAUGUCCAAAUUGACCAGACGAAGCCCUGCCCUCCAAUGGAAGUAUCUCCUUUCUAACCCGGCGCUGAACAAACAGCGUUGUCAGCUUGUUUGGUUCUGCCUAAUGCAGCAAAUGCAAGCUAAUGCUAAGAAAGCAAGUGCCCUGUUAUAGAUGGCUCAAUACUAAUGAGGGUUCCCAAACACAAAGCUACCAGAUGUAAAGCAAAUGAUAGUCAAUGACAACUAAUUCUGUGGAAAGGUUGGGGCCGGGGAAGUGGGGGUGGUGCCGUUAGUGAUUGGAUUACCCUUACUAAAAGAACUGGAAUAGGUACAGUGAGCUGAACGACCACGUCUUGGGCAACAUGACCUUCAGACUACCAACUUCUCUGCAAUUUGUGCAAUGGGGAACAAGCGCCCAAGCUCAUUCGGCCACCAGUUGUCAAGGCAGCAGUAAUUAUAACAGACAGCUUUCAGGGAGUUGAAAAUGUACAGAAAUUUAUCUUAAGCCAUCCAAACUGUGCCGCUCUGAGGAGUGGGUGGGGAAGGUGAGAAGGAGGCUCCACCUCAGCAUCUGCCUUUUCUGUUUGCAUGUUUCCCACUCUGCGUCCUUUCAGUAGACUUGACGGGGUUUGAUCUCUGUUCCCUGCAGUUCCUGUCGAGGUGGGCUUUGCUAUUGAUCUGCCUGCGUACAUCCAGUGUGUUGGGAAAGGGAUGCAUGAGAUCACAAUGGCCACUUCACCCCCAUCCCUUGUGUUCAGGUGAAACUCAGUCCCUGCUUGUACAGUUCGUGACUGAAUGUAAGCUUGACAUCUGGUUUGCAAUUCACUCCCCCUGUCAUUCUAUUUAUUAUUAUUUAUUUUUCUUCCUUGCAACAAAGACAAAACACCACUGUCUCCUUUCACUUCUUGAACUAGUUUAGUGCAGCAAGAUGUAUUUUAGUGAUGCACUUUGUAAUGUAUUAGAGAUCUAUGGAGCCAGUU